UCACAUGAUAUGACAAGGCAGCUAGCUACUUCCUAUGUGGACAGCUAGCCAGUUCACAUCCAGACUGCUACACAGAGACUGCGACUACCUUCACAUCCAAGAUGCUGGCCCUCAUAAACAGGCUUUUGGACUGGUUCAGGUCCCUCUUUUGGAAAGAAGAGAUGGAGCUUACAUUGGUGGGACUUCAGUACUCUGGGAAGACCACAUUCGUCAAUGUGAUUGCAUCGGGCCAGUUCAGUGAAGACAUGAUUCCCACAGUCGGUUUCAACAUGCGGAAAGUCACUAAAGGCAAUGUGACAAUAAAGAUAUGGGACAUAGGGGGACAGCCUCGCUUCCGAAGCAUGUGGGAGCGCUACUGUCGAGGAGUCAAUGCUAUAGUUUACAUGGUGGAUGCUGCAGACCGAGAGAAGAUAGAAGCUUCCAGAAAUGAACUGCACAACCUUUUAGACAAACCACAGCUACAAGGAAUUCCCGUUCUAGUACUGGGCAACAAACGAGACCUACCCAACGCACUUGAUGAGAAGCAGCUGAUUGAAAAAAUGAAUCUAUCUGCCAUUCAGGACCGAGAGAUCUGCUGCUAUUCUGUCUCCUGCAAAGAGAAGGACAAUAUAGAUAUCACGCUGCAGUGGCUCAUCCAGCAUUCAAAGUCACGGAGAAGCUGAAAAUGAAGCGCCCUGCCCCCCAGUUGCAGCUCUGGCCUCAGCCCCCUAAUAGUCAUGGGACCUCGACAGCCAUCCUUUCCACUGCCUCUGUGAAGUAAUUCCAGCUAUCUGCCCACUACCGUCAGCACCUGCACCACCCAGUACACUACCAUAGAUGUGUAGCCCCUGUACAGCACUACCGCCACCCCAACUAUCUGGAGUCUUGAAAAGUUGUUUCAGUACUGUGCUAGAAGGUGGAUUGUCUACCCAUCAUGCCUUAUCGCCAGUCAUUACAGACAUGCUUCGUGUUUGUUUUAAAAAAAUUCUUUUAAUAGCUUCUGUUCCCUUUGAAACAAGAGUCUAAAGGCCUUUUUUUAACAGUCGCCGUUCCCGACCUGUCGCGCGACAUUGUGACGUCAAAAUGACGUAGCUCUCGCUGGCGUGCCAGGAUUUAAAGUACCACUCUAUUUUAUUUUUUUUCAGCGGCUCGCGACAAAGCGGAAACAGGACGCAUGGACGAGUUCUCUCGUAAACCUACUGGGUUAACCCUUGUGUUGGAAGGACAACACAAGGGUUAUGUACUUCCGUUUACUGUGUUGAGAAUUGCUCUCUAAACCCGGUCUCUUGUUAAGUAAGUAAAGUUUAUUUCUAGAGAACAUUUAAACACCGUUUAAGCUGACCAAAAUGCUGUACAGAAAAGCACUAAGGUGCUGUAUAAGAAGAGUUCUGUUAUGGUGAAUGAAAGGCUUGAUCCGACGAAGGAGGUCAUCGAAUCGUUGUGCAGACAUUCUGAAGUAGUCUAUCAUCCUCAUUUGUCUCACGAGGAUAUUGAGCUCACCAUAUUUGUGUUUGGCGUUACUCAAAGGAUGAACAUUCCACCUUCUUUUUCUUUGUGUUUUUUUUUUGCAAGCAGGCUCAAAAGCAGCUGUUCUUCCUCAUCCAUUGACUCCGAAUUUAUCAUCUUAUCCUAGUCCGUAGAAAUAGCAAAAGUCGGUAGCCUUUCCUCAGUUGCGACACCUCUGUUCAGGAGAAGACGGCAACUAGUGUCGCGCCUGCCACGCGUGACUAUAAACAGUUACGGCGCUCCCAUGACGUCACACUGUCGCGCGAAUGGCGAGUAUACUGCACGUUUAACGAUGUUACAGUGCGCUGUCCCCCCAGCUACACUAGGACGGAUCUGGUCUGGCUAUCACCAGACCAAGCUCAAUCUUCUAAGAUUGAACAUUAGUCUGGGGAGUGUGCUCUGACUAUUCUACUGUACAAGAGGCGUGAUCAACGGGCAUAGUUCAAAUGACUCUGUGCGCAGUUGGGUUGAAGUCCUUCAACCAAUCAGACCAACGUAGCAGCGACAGCGGCAUCAACGGGUUGCUGCGCUUCGGUGGCCGCUAUGUUGAAUGUAAACAAGAAGCUGCUUGGUCGCUUCUCUCUCGCCACCGUGAUAACCAGCCAAUAGCGCGCCAGGUGGAUAAGCCAGUUUGUGAUUGGUCCCCGCAAAAUUGUAACGGAAGCAGGAUAGAUAAACGUACAGGCUUCCAGCCUGAGCUGCAGGACGGAAUCAAAUCGCCGGCAGAUCGGGCUGGGUUUACCCGGUCUAGGGUGGACCUCCUCCACAUUUAAACAUCCGUUCUGUUGCUUGUCAACAUGUGGUGUUUACGUGACAAGGUUGUGAUUGUAGUUUUUAACAGUUAUUUGCCAAAUGAUGAGCUUGUGCUAAUACCUUUUUUUUAUUUUUUAUUCUUGAUUUAAAUCUUCGCAAUAUAGCCUGCAUUUUAUUUGCUGGCGUGAGAAAGUAUAUAUUUUAUGAAGUGACUACAGUCAAAGUUUACACAUAAGGUGAAGAUGAAUAGAAGGUAAGACUGUGAAUGGUUUUGUCCGAGGCAAAAUCCUAAGAUAGGUCAGCAGAGUUUUAAGUGCCUUCGGCUAAGUGUGCGUUCCAAUCAGAUUGCCCAAUGCAACUUCUAACCCACUAUUAUAAAUAAACACUUUUUACAGCCGCAACAUAAAUCUCCUUGAUCACACUUAACCCCACCCCUCGACGAUCUCAUUUUAUGUUUUCUAAUCUCAUGCUCUCAUGCGUAUUAUGUCUAAAAAAAAAAAUAAAAAAAAAAGAGAGAAAGAAAAAUGAGAAAUGAAGUUAUGGUUGAUGUGAGGUGAAUGAGAAAAUAUUACAUUUGGUUUGGGUGGUGUGUACUUUGAAUGCUGUUUCACGUGAAGCCUGUGACACUUUAAUGAAGCUUGAAAUGGGGGCUAACUUUUUUUCUUGCAGUUCUCAGGUUGUUAAAGGAUUUUUUUAAAUAUUUUUUUUACAUUUUUUUUUUUUAAUUGUCUGAACACAGUAUGGGUGUGCCCAAGUGUUUCAAAAUCCCCAUUUUGUCCGGGUUGGAUAACAGAAAGCCAGUGUUAAGUCAUGAUGACUGAGCUUAUGGAGAACGGAAGACAGUCCAUUAGUUCCAAGCGUCGGAUGCUGGAUGUCAUCCAUGGCUUGCCACGCCCUUUGUCUCAAGCCUGAUGUCUUUUUGUAGAAGCCUUAGCAGCCCGAAGGACAACACUGUCUCAUCUAAAAGCGAUGUAUUGAUCAUUUCCUUUGAGCGACAAGACAAUGAUUUGUCACAGGUUUGAUUACAGAUUGAUUAUUAAACUGCCCCUUUGCUUGGCCAGUGCUUCUUGAUCAAUUUAUCAAGUAUUUUUGUGUGCGAGUGUUGCUGGAGGACAGUUAUCCCUUGUGCUACAAUGCUGUAUGGCUACGUGGCUUCUGCAUUUUACUGUAAUGUUUUCUACAAAUCCAUCGCACACUUUACUGUCUGUUAUCUCACAUGUUCUGCGUCUGUAUCGUCGUAAAUCCUAAAUGUCGAUUGUUGGGACCGCAGCAGUGAGGGGCUGUCAAAUUUGGGUGACUGUGGGUUAUUUGGGGAAAAAGCUUUGUUACCUGUGUAAUAAUAUAGCCUAUUUGUAUGUGCAUGUGCUGAACUUGCUGAACACAUUCAAUCGCAGACUUUGUAAAUAAGAUUAGCAUUUUUAUUUCACCAAAUGCUCUCCUGUAGAUGUCAUGCAUUCUUUCCCUGUGAUUGCUAAUAAAUUUGUGUUUUAUUUUUAAGGAU